AUGUCAAGGAGACAUUUGGUAAAACUACUGCAGCGCAGUGGUGCAGGCAUUGGCCCUAUCUACUUCGCCGACUCUUGCUCUCAUACAGCAAAUGGCAAUGACGAUGAUGAUGAUGAUGAUGAUGAUGAUGAUGAUGAUGAUGAUGAUGAUGAUGAUGAUGAUGAUGAUGAUGAUGAUGAUGCUGAUGAUGAUGAUGAUGAUGAUGAUGAUGAUGAUGAUGAUGAUGAUGAUGAUGAUGAUGAUGAUGAUGAUGAUGAUGAUGAUGAUGAUGAUGAUGAUGAUGAUGAUGAUGAUGAUGAUGAUGAUGAUGAUGAUGAUGAUGAUGAUGAUGAUGAUGAUGGUGGACAUUGAGAUCGAAUGACAACGAAGUUGAAAUUCUGUUCAGACUGCUGGCCGGUUGUUACUCCUGAUUAAGAAAAAUUGUUGCCACCGACAGCAGGCCAGAGAUCACUCAGUUUCCAAAAGACAUUACUCCCAGGACAGAAAAAAAAGAAAUAAUCUGGGCCGGAGUACGUAAGCCCCAUGGUCUUUACGGGCAGGGACAAAGGGUUGGCAACGGGGACAAGUAUCCCCCCCUAUUCCGGGUGGUCUUGUAGGCCUUCCAGGGGCGUACCUAUUCUCGUGCCCUACCGAACAAAGGCCGCCAUCCGUCGGUUCACCCCCUUUUAAUGCAGAGCCAAGAUCCACAUGACUUAUGCCUCUAUUGUCAUAGUGCCCUAUUUACUGAGUGGGAACAAUCCGGAAUCACAGCACAUUCAGCUUCAUUAUUCGCAUGACGUGUUUUGAUUUUGCCCUUUUUAAGGCCUCUUUGACCAAUCGCCCUGGCUUCUCGCACUCAUGGGGAUAUUUGCUGUAUCUCUACUGGUCAAUCUCAUCUUCUGUGUGCGAUGGUGCCUGCUCUGCAUUUUUACAGGUUAGUGGAGUUCCCGCAUUGUUUUAUUUGUCUUUCAGGUCUGGAUUCAGAAAAGGUAGCUAAUUGAAGUAACUGGUCAAUGUCGUGCUGGGCGCGGUUGCCAGGGCGGCUGACGCACAUAUCCAAUUGGCUAAUAACACCUGGGCUACCCAGUAGCGUGGCCGGCCCAGAUUUGAAAGUCUGAGACCACACGCUCCGCACGGCACGGCGGAAAUGAAUUCGGAAAUAGAACAACCCAAAGUUUGUAGUGCGAUCCAGUUAUUAAGGGUACGAGGAGGCCUUAAGGGGUUUUUAAGAUGUGCCAGGGCUAUGAGGUCUCAGCCUCAACAGCUAGAGACGACCAAAGUUUGGUGAUAACGUUCAUGUUGACCACGACACUUAGGGAUAGAUCACUUCAUCCAGCUUCCGGACCCGGUAGGCUUGGCCUCCUCUGUUGGCAUCUGUUUUGACAGCGCUCUGGUGCCCUAGAGUAGCUGUGACUGGAUUUCAUCAACUGCCGAGGCGAUGGCAAAACUGAAGAACAACGAAACACUCAGUGAGGGUUGCCUUUCAGUGGGACUCUACAGGCGCUGUCCAAAGGUACUAGCUGACCAGUUACAUGACCCUCUGAUGUAAAUUUGGAAACAGAUCGUGUCCGUAGACUGGGGCAACCCCACCAUUACGUCAGUUUUAGGCAAGGCUACAGCUUAUUGUGUAAAACCUCUUGCGGAGCAUACCCCCUUUAUAGUGUCGCGGUCCUCCUUUUCCGUCGCCCCCGCAUUUACUGGGAGGCACAGAUAAAUAGGAGUCAGCGUGUCCAUCGGCCAGGACGUUAAUGUAGCGAUCGUCAUUUUUAGUUUUUCCGAACUCUUGAAUAUCGCCACUGCUACGCCUAACGAACUCUCGUAUGCGUUAUGGUCUUUCACUUUCACUUUGAUCCUGUCCAUCAGGAUUCCCUGCAUCAGCUACACUACGUGCUGGCAUGCCACCAAUGUUACUUCGUUUACUUCACACCAGCUAUCCCAGAACACGGACCAAUAUCCGGAUGUAAGCCGAGAAAGGCGACUUUUCCGAUGUCGCCUCUAGCGUCCAUCGACGCCCAGGUUCUUCAGCUUCUGAUUGCACAGCACGCUGACGUCCUAACAGACCGGGAUCCGUGCGUUAAGGAUCUCGAAUAACCUGCCCUGGCACAUUAUUCAGUUGGACGUUUGUGUUGGUGAACAGCUUUUACCACCCUAAGUCGAGCUUCCGGCCUGUCAGGCAAGACCGAACCCGGCUGUCCGAUUUACUAUAAGUACGCGGAUUUUCUCUGAUUUCGACGUGACCUCUGAGACCGAUGUAACAUUAGUAUGUGAUUAGAGGAGGCCUCCGUCAAGACAGUUCGUUUGCACAGACGUGAGCCAGGGUCGGUGCACUCCUAAGGUAUCCAUCGUUUGGAUGUGUUCGGUUGAUUAUGCCCGUGCUCUGUUCUCCGAUGUUUUCGGCUUCGUCUCCAAACAAUAACUUUGCAGUAUAACAGGAAUGCAGUGCUUCAGUUGCGCCUUUAUUACUCGCUUAAUCAGGUCGUUGGGCCAAAUGCCACGCCGAAUGGAAGGCAAAAUCUUCUGACCUGACUCAGGUUGGCCGAGGCAUCGAAGGUAACAGGGGGAGUUGACGUGUCGAAAGCUGACCUUGAGCGCACAUCUGAUCCCAAGGUUGUUGGUUUGUGCGGCGGGCGUGCGAACUGACUCAGUUUAGUUUGGGGUUCCGCUGUUGAUCGACUGCAGUGGAUGGUGGUCGUUCGCGGCGACAUGAGGCCGCAACAUGCAACUGGUUGAAUUAAUCGUGGCGAAUGUCCUCACACUUACGAAUACGUAAGCUGACCUGGUCCAGAGUUUGAACCAUCCCAAACUAGAUCGUGUGUGGUCGCUUCAUGCUGCCCACACCGACCAAUGUUUUGUCGAGAAGACCUGUUAGCAGGUCAGGAUGCGAUGGUUCCACUCUGCCUUGAAGCUCCACUCCACGACCUACAUUGAAUACCAAAGAAGGAAGAGCAGUCGGCAACUGAGAUGUAGUACCGAGGUAGACUGAGACUACCAUUUGUGGCUUAAUUGCACCGUUAGACAUGUCCAGGGAAGCCUGAACUUUAAACCCACGAAGUGAUAUGCUUGAGGCCACGGUCAAACUGAUUUUGCACAGUUAGACCGUCGGAAACCACAACGUCCAUCGGUGUUGACGCCACAUCGGUGACAUGCACUUGAGGCAGAUUACAGUGAGGCAGACUUGAGCGACAUCUACAGCUCUCCCUCCUCCAUAACUCACUCGGCCCCGACGGCGCGCUCGGGCGCAGUGAUUAACAAAGGUAAACAACCAUUUUUACGCCUACCACGCAUGGCCUGGUCCUUGCAGAAUGUAUCAGGCUUUCACGGCGGCCUGAAUCUCACACGCGGGAGACUACCGUAUGGACCACAUUCAGGCAAAACCAUUACGACCUGACUCUCCAUCCUGCAAAGGGCCGAGUUAUCCCGUUAGUUGUCAGUCUUCCAAGUCACGAAAUUUUGCGCGUCGUGAUGGCUUCAGACACUUCAAAUUUACUAUAGCGAGGAAUGCGCUGGCGUGCUGAGAGGAUGGAUUUGCCAGUGUCGGCUUCACGCCUUCUUCCAUCUUCCGUGCUGACUGUUCGAGCCUGUCACCCAUCUGGCGGCUGGCAGGGCGUGAAAGCCUGCGUGUAGGCAUGCUAUCCCACCCCUCUCAUGUAUGGCAACAAUUAUGGGCACUCGCGGACUCUUGGCAGCAAGGCUGGCGCGUUCCGUGAGCCAAUCUGAUCCCGUUCUGUCCCGGCUCAUUUACAGUGCGGCAUAUGGAGCCGCGCUUAGCUGGUAAGGCGUUAAGAUCACGGACCCGCAUGCGGGGGUUUGUAGGGCAGACUGCGCCCUCCUCUAUAACCGAAGACUUUUCAAACGCAAACAGCUCAAAUAGCUACGAUUCAUUCAGCGUCCUUUCUGAGACGCGAGGCCGAUAAAUAAAGCUAUAUUCUUGGGAUGUGAAAAGUUGCAGAAGUUUCUAACCAAUCAAAAAAUCCGCUUCGCAAACAUGUCACACGAUCCUCCUCAGGCUGGAUCCCUGCAUGGGGACAGGUCUCCAAAUGUUAAACUUUGUAUCAUGCAAAAGACAACACGUCGAUGGGUGUACUCGAAUACAUAUUUGUGCAUACAACCGCACUCGACACUUGAAUUUUUUGUCUUAACUGCCAAUCAAACUAUCGGUCCGUCAUAGCCACCACCUCACUGAGCAUCACCAGGCACCCGAGUAAGCUACAAAUUUGCUUCAUACAUUUUAUUGACUAAAAAACCUCAUUCAAAUGCAUGUGGGUCAGAUAUACAGAGAUAACUUCGACAGUCAGAUGACCUCCCACUGCGAUGUCAGUGUUAUCUGAAUUGCCUUUUUCACAUUUUUAGCCUUCAGCCGGUGGAAUUAUUUAUUCCUUUGCUUUAAAUUCCCCUUUCCUCCAGAAAAACGUAAACAAGACUUCAGUGAACACCGGACAUUAGGCGGAAUUUUAUGCCUACCGACCCGUGCUAGGGGUUCCAGUUCAGUGCUCUGGGAGAACGACGUUAUACCUGCGCCGCUCAGUAGCGACUGCCAUCCGGGCUGCGGUCUUCUUGAGGAUAUGUCUCCGAACUUUCGGCACUUUAGCACCCUUACUCACGGUUAUCCAUUCGAGCCCCAGCUCCCUGCUUUCAAUAGUGAAGAAGGUCGGUUUGCUUUUAUAAACGGCACCAUAAAGCCGAACCAACUGGAUGGUCUUUACCGAGCCCGCAGCGCCGGUUUCCCCCGCGCUUCUCUGCCCGGGUCACGUGAUUGGUCCACAGUGAGGUCAAACCAGGUACGCGGCGGUGCCGUGCCUUCAGACGGCACCCCCUACCUGAUAGCCAAUCCCCUAUUUACAGACAACCCCCCGGUGCCCGCUCCCGCACCCUACCUAACUGCCCGUCUCCCGGCUGACGCCAACGACACGCCAGUCCUGAUGACCGGUGAAACCACAGUGCCCGAGAUGGUCCUGCCUACUGCACAAGGGAACCUGUCCACUCAGCCAGGUCUUGCUGGACGCAGAGGAAUCUUUCGACCAUCUCCCGGGAAUCCCCACGGUUUACAUCAUACAUCUUCUUGCGGCGGCGCCACUGUCUACGACGAUGUUGCAAGCAGUUCCUCGGCGGUCCUACCUCUAAGGACUGCUGAUAACCACCUGGCCACAUCAGGAAACCGACUGUGCCCUGCAGCGCCGCACUACCUGCCCUCAAUGGCGGAGCACCUGAUAGUGGUGGCCGAUGAAUCUGAGCCUGUCGACAGUGGGCCCCCAGAUCCCGAAACAAACAGUCCAAAAAAUAUUUACGUUCUGCACAGUCCGCCAACCCAAAUGACCCCCACUGGCAAUGUCGACAAUGAACCUCCCUGCUGA